UUCUUUUUUCUCUCUCCCUUCUCUCUCUUUCUCUUUUGUCUAGCAUGCUCCUGAACAGUUCUAUCCGUUUACGGCUUAUUUCAAGCAGAGCUAUUUUAUUGAAACCUUCUGUUCAAACAAAUUUAUUGUCUAACUCUUCCUUUUAUGUUCUGCGUCACCGUCCACACUAUGCAAAAAUUACACAUUCAUUUCUAGGUAGUGUUCGCCACCAUGGAUCGCAUGGUCACCACCACCACGAUGCUGAUCUUAUGACUACACUUACAUCCUCAAGCAAGAAAGGCACAAGGAUUACUAUUAUUGGUUUAGCUUCCAAUGUUGGCCUGACAGUAGCCAAAGGCGUAGCAGGAUGGGUAAUGAAUUCUGCUUCUUUAUUAGCUGAAGCAUUACAUUCAUUUAGCGAUCUGCUAAGUGAUUUCGUGACACUUUAUACCUUUAAAAUGUCCAGAAAGCCAGCUGACAAUGUUUACCCUUAUGGAUAUGGUAAAUUCGAAACUGUAGGCUCGGUGACAGUCUCUUCCCUUUUAUUAGCUGGUGCAGUAGCUAUUGGUUGGCAUUCAUUUGAUCUUUUGCUAGUAGCGCUUCAGUCCUCUGUUCCUUUGAUUUCUGAUGCAGCUGCUACGGUUGCUACUACAUCCCAUUCUGCUGCUGAACACAACAGUAUUCCUUCGCCUGUUCAUAGCCAUAGUCACCAUGGUAACGGUGUCUUGGAUCCUAAUGCAGCCUGGUUUGCUUUAGCAAGUGUCAUUAUAAAAGAAUGGCUCUACAGAGCAACUGUCAAAGUAGGAAUUACUGAAAGAAGUGAAGUUCUAAUGGCAAAUGCAUGGCAUCAUCGUGCAGACGCAUACUCAAGUGCAGUCGCUCUUGCUGCUAUUGUAGGUAGUUAUGCAGGUAUGCCAGUAUUGGACCCUAUUGGCGGCCUUAUUGUGUCUGGUAUGCUUGUCAAGAGCAGUACAGGAUUGUUGGGAUCUUCAAUGAAAGAAUUGAUGGAUAAAGGCAUUGCGACAAAAGAAUUAGAUUCCAUUCAAACUGCUAUUGCCAAAGUCAAGGAUGAAGAGUUGGAUGUCGUUAAUUUUCAUUCUGUUCGUGGUCGUAAAGUAGGACCAUUUAAUCAUAUAGACCUCGUCUUGCAGUUAAAUCCUUCAAUUCCAAUGCAAAAAGCAUAUCAACUAGAGGAAAAAGUUCGUUUGUCUAUCAAGAAAAGCUGCAAGAAUGUUCAAAACGUAGCUAUUUACUUGGAAGAUCCACAAGCUACCUUGAAGAAAACCGCUGAUUGUCAUGAUCACCACCAUCAUUAGACUUACUUCCUUUUAAACUGCUGCAUUCAUGAUAGACUCAUUCCUUUUUUUUUUU